AUGUUCAAGUGUUCCCUCUCAUUCCCGUUAUUUCUUCCCUUUGCACGUGGCACAAGCACAUCAGGGGACGGUGAAGAGGGAACCGAAGAAUUCUUACAAAAAGAAAAAGACGUCGUAGUUCGCAAUCAACUCCACAAGAAAUAUAUAUAUAUAUAUAUUUAA